AUGGCGAGAUGGUCUUAUGUUUGGUUCCAGAAUCGAAGAGCAAAAUGGCGUAAAACAGAAAAAUGUUGGGGACGCUCCACAAUAAUGGCUGAAUAUGGACUUUAUGGUGCGAUGGUUCGUCACUCACUUCCAUUACCUGAAACCAUCCUAAAGUCAGCAAAAGAAAACGAAUGUGUGGCACCGUGGCUGUUAGGCAUGCAUAAGAAGUCUAUUGAAGCCGCAGAGACGCUUAAAAGUUCAGAUGAAAAUAGUGAUAAAGAAGAUGAAGAAAGAACAGAGAUCAGCGACUCAAGCUCGACGAAUAAUAAUUGUAGGUCACCAACGACACCAACAUCAUCAACUACACCGAUUGCAAACAAAACGAAACCAGCUUCAAACGGUUCUCCAUGUUCAUCUUCAAUUUCUCCUGUUACUAUGUCACCACCGAUGUCUCAUCCGCCGACAACACCAAAUCAACGAUCAACCGAAGAUGCAGCGAAAUCAAAAGAUUUCAAUCUGAUGUCAAGUCCAUCAUCGAGAGCUCCAUCAAAUUAUCAUUUAAGUCCACAUGAACAGCAACAACAAAAUGCUGUACAACAUCAAGCUUCACUUGCCCAUCAUCAUGCACAUCCAGCUGCUCAUCAUUAUCCACUUAAUCCCAUGAAUCCAUCGCCUGACACUGAUCCCGAAGUGUUUAGAAACAACUCAAUUGCAUGUUUACGCGCCAAAGCUCAAGAACAUCAAGCAAGACUAAUGAAUAGCGGCUUAUUGGCACUUCAAGUGAGAUCACUUGCUGGUCUUCAACACCAUCAAUUACCAAGUCCAAUGAGUAGUUCUCCGAAAUCUUGUGAUAGCGUUAUGAUUCAUCAACAUUCGCCGACACCAUCACCCAUCAGAUCUCCUGAGAAUAAUAACAACAAUCAUACAAGCAGAAACUUCAAUGCUAACAUGGCAGCAUCAAGCGAUAUAAGUGAAGAUAUUGAUAUUGAAGAUGUGAAACCAAUUCACAAGUCAACAAUCAGUCCAAAUGUUGUAACGUUUUGA